UCAGUUGAUAUCACUGGGUUAAAUGCUUAUUGCCAAUCUUCAUACCACAACUUCUCCAUUAGAAAGUUCUUUGCAUUGAUUUAGCUUUCGUUUGCUAAAUUAGAUCUUUAAGUGGUUUUUUUAAAAAGUAAGGGCACAUUUGUUUUAUAAUUCCUAGAAACUUGCAGAUUGAGAAUGUCAUCCUGUUGCCUUUACAUGAAUGACAUCCCAGUUAAGUAUAGAAUUCUCUUGAUCCUCUUAGUGUUUCUUUUUUUUUUAAUAAAAUAGCUCUUUAUUUCCUUACUUACAUCACACUGAACAUUUUCUUAUAAUUUACAUUUUAGGAAAGGAUGGAGAGCUUAUUACAUUUCCUGUUUUAUUCUGAAUUUUACCUUGUUUAUAAUGCUUAGCAUAUUUUAUGUUUCUUAAGAUGCUUAGGUAAUCUUUCUUUGGAAUAAACUCUAGAAGUGUAUUCUCCUGGGAGGUAGUAGCCAUCCAUGCUAAUGGAAGGAACUUUAAACUUCCAGUUGGUCUGGCUUGACCGUAGAUAAUUUGAACUAGUUUAAUCAGCUCAGACCCAUUAAUAGGUUUUUCUUCAUACCUAAACAUGACAUUUGAGUAGUUCUUAUGAUUUAAAAAGAAAAUCCUUAAUGAUCACUUUAUUUAGUUGUAAAAUAUGCAUGAUAAAACAGCAGCUUUUAUUUAGUCAUUUGAAGUCAUGUAGGAUAAUGCCUUUAAUUUUUAUUCAAAAUUUUAGACUGUAGGAAUGCGUUAGAUCUGAUUUCUGUUGCCUGAUCCUAUGGUGAUCUCCAUGACCACUCUUCUGCCUACACGGUGCCUUUCAUCAUAUUGAAGAAAUUAGUAUCACUUUCCCCCCAGUCCUUAAAUUCACAUGCUGCCAUUUGGACAUGAUUAAUGUACUAUGGUCAUUUCAUUACUGUUCAAAUGAUGUUGCCUAGUGCUGUCAUUUUACAGUGUGAGAAAUUCAGUUUUGAUGACUGUGUGCAAGAUGUUGAUGUGGUCCCUGUAAGAAAUACUAGGGUUGGACUUGAUUUACCAUUUCCCCUUGACUUGUGAGGAAUACAAUAACUAUGUCCAGAUUUGUUGCAUAUAGUAUUUUUGCAACGUUAAUGAAUUUAAAUAAAUUAAUUGGAAAGUUUGAUUUUGAUUCAUUUAUCACAUUCUUCUGUCUUCCAUUUUGCUAAUAAAUUUUUGCACUGUCAUCUUAUCUUUCACAGUUUUAGACCUUUGCUCUUGUUUCUCUUCUGUAGGUGCUACUUCUUAUUCUUCAAGGGUUGAAGAGUUCAUCCUGCUUUAGUUUUAAACAUCCCAACUGUAAUCAAACUUUUAAUUUUAUAGUUUAGUUAUUUUAGUUAGGGGGAAUCCAUUGGUGAAAUCAGUUCAGUAAGUGCCUUAGAACAUGGCAUAAAUGAGAACCUGUUUAGCUUAUAGAGCUGCUCAGAGGUUCUAGUUGGUAGCACUUGUUUUUGCAUUUACUCCUUAAUCACUGUUCAGCUAUUUAAUGGCAAACAGCUGUACACAUUAUUGCUGCCUUUAAUCCAGUUAGGAUACCAUUUGGGAUUAUGUACACUUGAAGUACAUAUUAAAUUAUUUGUCUUGUAUUAGGCAUAAAUAUUAAGUAAACUCCCAAAUUAAAAUUAUUCAUGAAUCAAACUUAAAGGUUUCUGGGCUAAAUGAAUUGCAGCCCUGCUUUUAGUGGUAAAGAAAUAUGUGCUGUAAUCUUUUCAGAAUUUGUCAAUUUAGUAUUGCAGGGUCUUAAAGUAUUAACCUGAAUACAGUUAGGCAUAAAAUGUGACUGUCUGACAUUUCUUAAUUGUGCAUCUUACAGUAGAGAAGAUGAGUCUCUAAAAAUUAUCGUUCCCUUAUGAGUGACUUAGUAAACCUGGUGAGUCACUGGAAAAGUGAGGCUGUGCACGGGAUGGGGCUCAAAAGGCCGGGCCCCACACCCCUGCGUUCUCCACACCUCCCCUGUUGUGGUUUUCUCUUAGUGUUUCUUUAUCUUCUGGCAUCAAAUGUUUCUGAGAACUCUGAGGCUGACCUGAAUUUUUUUUUUCCCUUUGUAGGAGAAAUUACUAUUUUCACUCAGCUAAUUCUUGGUCCUGAUGAUUCUUUAUUGAUUUUUGUUUUCCAUUUUACACUGUAAGCCCUUUUGAUCUAUAGACUGAGGUCUUCCUUUAUUUCAGGGAAGUAUUUUAUUUUUUAUUUCAGGAAAUUUUCUGUUAAGUUUUUGAACAUUUUUUUUUCUGUUCCCAUGUUCUUUCUUCUUUAGGACCAUCAAUUAUUCAUUUAUUGGCUCCCUACUUUCUCCUUUUCAUCUGUAUCAUCUCCUCACUGAUCACUUUUAUCUCUUGCAUCCUAUGUGGUUGUUCUCAGACCCGCCCUUCCUAUCACUGAUGCGAUUUUCAGCAGUGUAGUUUCAGCGCUUUGCUUCUCUGGUUUUCACCUCUGAUUUUAUACCUCUACUCAGUUUCUUUACUUACGACUGUCGGCUCACUUUCACCUUGUUUUACCCCUCCUUGAUCUCUUGUUUCUUGGAUUCCACAGUGUUUUUGUUUUUGUUUUUAAAGUAAAGAACUUCUGUGGGAUACUGCGUUCUGGAGCCUUUCUUUGGAAAGGUACUUUUUUCCCUCUUUUUUCAUUUCUGUGUAUUCUUUUUAUUCUUCCUUUAGUAUCUAUGUGUAGUUCCCAUUUGGAUCCUUUCUGCUUAUUACUAGUUUGGAAUAGAGUAGUUCUGUCAGGGCUUGCUAUUUACCAAAAAACAAAGUAGGUGGGUUCUCAUUGACCUCAUUUACCUUAGCACAUUUUUAGCAUAUGAUGUUAUAUUGUAUCCUUAACACCUGAGUUAGAGGGUUGGCUGUUAUAGUCUGCUUAGACUGUAGCUUCUUCAAGAGAGGCGAUUGGAAACUUGAAUUUGUAUGAUAUUUCUUAUGGUAUUUGUAUUAACACACCUUUCACCUUUCACUGAGGCCGAUAAAUUCUUUAUCCUUAAGAGGCAUAAAAUCAGACCUAUGGGGUUGGGGGUGUUCUUCCUGGGAUUUGAGCUAUUUCUCCCCUUUGUCACAGACAAACAGGUUAUUCUGGCCCGAAACUGGGCCUUUGAAGAGUUCUGUGUUGCUCAUUUGUUUGAUUCGGUGGUUGGUGUUUUGUAUCUCUCCUGUCGGUUUACUUUGGUCCAUGGUUGCACAAUUGAUUUUCUGAGUUUGAAGAAAACAAGACUUUAGCCAUUUUUUAGUCUGUUCUUCAACGUGGAAAAGGUCUUGUAAUGUAGCAGGAUGUUCCUGGUCUUAUAGCCUACCACUUCCCCUAUCCAGAUGAAAGACUGAUGGUAGGGCAUUAGAGAACUCUUUCACUUAUUCUUAAAUAAAUCUGUUCCUUGAGUAGGAUUCACAAAGAUGGAUGUUAGCUCUAGACAUCCUCCUUCAAUGUGGUCUAAAUCUGACUGUAUCUGGCAGCCAUUCUUUAUACAGUGUAUCUUAGGAAGUUGUUGCCCUUCCCUAGAUUCAUAACAGGUGACUUUUUUUUCUCUUUGUUUUUUUGAGAGGAAAUGGGUGAUUCAUUUCAUUAGUUUUCAGGGAAAGGAGUUAAUAAUUGUUCAUUCACAGCACUAUUGUUACACAAAACUUUAUGAGCUUUAAAUUAAACUGGCUAAUGAGUAUAGUGCUUGGCUACAUGGUGAGCAUUUAGUAAUGGUAGCUGUGUUAUUAUUCGUUUAUUCUCAGCUCCACCGGCAUGUAAGUUCCAUGAGGGCAGGGACCUUGUCUGUCUUGCUUUUUGUCAUAUUACCAGUUCCUAAAACAGUGCCUGAUAUGUAGAAAAUGCUUAGUAAGGAAACUUAGGUUUCAGGUUGGGGGGCAGGUGGAAAAAGAAAAGACAGGAGGUAGAAAAAUCUGAGCCAGUGUGAAUAGUUUUUGCUUUCUCCUCCCUUGUAUGUGUCUGUAUGCAUGGACAGCUGUUGCAGGGGAUGCCGAUGGAUCCCUGCGGGGUCGGCUGUGUUGCUGUGAGGGAGGCCGGCCCCGUGGGGAACAUGACUGUAGUAGACCCUCCUGGACAAGAAGUGCUGAGCCAACUUGAUGUCAAGGCCUCUUCAGAAGCACACAGUGCGGAGGCUUCCAUGGUGAUGUCUUUACCGAGCCCUUUGCCUGGAUUUGAGCAUUCUCUCAAUGAGCGGAGGUUCCCUCCAGAACAGGAAAGCCUCUCCAGACUGGAACAGCAAGAUCUUCCUUCAGAGAUGUCAAAGGUAUCAAAGCCUAGGGCCUCAAAGCCUGGCCGGAAGAGAGGUGGUAGGACUCGGAAAGGCCCCAAAAGGCCCCAGCAACCUAAUCCUCCAUCAGUCCCUCUGGUUCCUGGUCUCUUAGAUCAAUCCAACUCUCUCUCUACCCCCAUGCCUAAGAAACGAGGUCGAAAGUCCAAGGCAGAGCUGCUACUGCUGAAGUUGUCAAAAGGCCUAGAUCAGCCACAGUCUCCACCUCCCAAGAGGCCCCCUGAGGACUUUGAGAGCCCUCCUGGAGAGCGACCCCGCCGAAGGGCAGCCCAAGUGGCCCUUCUCUAUCUUCAGGAACUGGCUGAGGAGCUCUCAACAGCCCUGCCUGCUUCAGUGUCCUGCCCUGAGAACCCCAAGGUGAGCAGCCAGACCAAGCCAAAGAAAAGCCGGCAGCAGGCAGCCUGUCGAGGUGGAGAAGAAGAGGAUGAUACUGCCCGGGAUGAAGACUUUGUUCUCCAAGUCGAGGCUGAAGAUGGAGAAGAAAGUGAAGCCCCAAGUGAGAGCUCAUCUGACCCCGAGCCUGCAGUGCCCCGAAGCACCCCACGAGGAUCUACUUCAGGGAAGCAGAAGCCACACUGCCGGGGAGUGGCUCCCAAUGGCUUACCAAAUCACAUCAUGGCUCCUGUUUGGAAGUGCCUCCAUCUCACCAAGGACCUCCGAGAGCAGAAGCAUUCAUACUGGGAGUUUGCAGAAUGGAUUCCCUUAGCCUGGAAGUGGCACUUGUUAUCUGAACUUGAGUCAGCUCCCUACCUGCCCCAGGAGGAGAAGUCUCCACUGUUUUCAGUACAUCGUGAAGGACUUCCUGAAGAUGGCACGCUCUACCGAAUCAACAGGUUUAGCUCAAUCACAGCACACCCUGAGCGCUGGGAUGUGUCCUUCUUCACAGGGGGACCCCUCUGGGCUCUGGACUGGUGUCCAGUGCCAGAGGGGGCAGCAGCCUCGCAGUACGUGGCCCUUUUCUCCAGCCCUGACAUGAAUGAGACACACCCUCUGAGCCAGCUUCAUUCAGGCCCUGGGCUGCUCCAGCUCUGGGGCCUUGGGACCUUGCAGCAAGAAAGCUGUCCUGACAACAGGGCCCACUUUGUCUAUGGGAUUGCUUGUGACCAUGGCUGCAUCUGGGACCUCAAGUUCUGCCCCAGUGGAGCAUGGGAACUCCCAGGCACCCCUCGGAAGGCUCCUCUCCUGCCCCGGUUGGGUCUCUUGGCUCUUGCCUGCUCAGACGGGAAGGUGCUGCUAUUCAGUCUGCCCCAUCCUGAGGCCCUGCUGGCUCAGCAGCCCCCAGAUGCAAUGAAGCCUGCCAUCUAUAAGGUACAAUGUGUGGCCACCCUUGAGGUGGGGUCCAUGCAAGCCUCGGACCCCUCUGAGUGUGGCCAGUGCCUGAGCCUGGCCUGGAUGCCCACCCGGCCCCACCACCACCUGGCUGCUGGAUACUAUAAUGGCAUGGUGGUUUUCUGGAACCUUCCUACCAACUCACCGCUACAGCGGAUACGGCUCUCUGAUGGCUCCUUGAAGCUAUACCCUUUCCAGUGUUUCCUAGCCCAUGACCAGGCUGUGCGUACCCUUCAAUGGUGCAAAGCUAACAGUCAUUUCCUAGUCUCUGCAGGGAGCGACCGGAAAAUUAAAUUCUGGGACCUCCGACGACCUUAUGAACCAAUAAACUCUAUCAAGCGCUUCUUGAGUACAGAGCUCGCCUGGCUGCUUCCCUACAAUGGUGUCACUGUGGCUCAGGACAACUGCUAUGCCUCUUAUGGACUCUGUGGGAUUCAUUAUAUUGAUGCUGGUUACCUUGGUUUCAAGGCCUACUUCACUGCUCCUCGAAAAGGCACUGUCUGGAGUCUUUCAGGAUCUGACUGGCUUGGAACAAUAGCUGCAGGAGAUAUAUCCGGGGAGCUCAUUGCAGCUAUACUGCCUGAUAUGGCACUGAACCCAAUAAAUGUCAAGCGACCUGUAGAGCGAAGAUUCCCUAUAUAUAAAGCAGAUCUGAUGCCAUAUCAGGACAGUCCCGAAGGUCAAGACCACUCUUCUGCUUCUUCUGGGGCCCCCAACCCUCCCAAGGCUCGAACUUAUGCUGAAACUGUCAGCCAUCACUACUUGCUCUUUCAAGAUACGGAUUUGGGCUCAUUCCAAGACCUGCUCCAGAGAGAGCCCAUGCUGCGCAUGCAGGAGGGAGAAGGCCACUCGCAGCUCUGCCUGGACAGGCUGCAGCUGGAGGCCAUUCAUAAGGUACGUUUCAGCCCAAACCUGGACUCCUAUGGAUGGCUGAUAUCUGGGGGACAGUCAGGGCUGGUUCGGAUCCAUUUUGUCGGUGGACUCACCUCCCCACUGGGUCACCGUAUGCAGCUUGAAAGCCGAGCCCACUUCAGUGCUAUGUUCCAGCCAUCCUCCCCUGUUAAUGGGCCUGGCUUCUCUCCAACCAGCCAUCACCUUCUGCCUAGUCCCUAGUCAUGGUCCACAUAGGACCCUUGGAAUGAAGUCUGCCAAGAACAAAUGGCUCCCAUGCACGGAACUGUGGGAACUAGGGCCUUCCUGGACAGUGAUGCUGCACCUCUAGAGCUGCCUCCCCAGGACUCCUUAGAUACCUCUCCUUCCACAGACUUCUCCUGUCAUCACAGCCCCCUGCGGGCAGGGGGGCUCUCCGUCCACCAACUCUCAAGGUUCCUCAUCCUAAAACUAUGCCUCACAAGAAACACUCAGGCCUGACCUAGGCUUGGGAGUCAAAUUGCUCAUAUUGAGCAUGUGCAGUAGGUGAAGCUAAGUAAAGGUACUGCGUGUUGUUGAGACCACAUGUGAGUGGGUGUUUGGAAAAAUGGAAAGGUAUCUGCAUGAAGGCUCCUGUCUGACUGUAUUCCAGGAUCCAAUAUUACUGCCUUCCCAACUUUCUCUUUAGAAUAACCAACACAAAGGCCUGGGAGGGGGUUAUAGUAAUUUACUGAACUUAAGCUGCUUAUCACACUUCUUUAACUGAGGAAUAAUACCACAAACACACAAAGACAGUGGCUCUGUUUUACUUGCUCCUGCUCAUGAAAUAUUCCUGAUCACUGGUCAUCUGACCCUACUUGAACACUCCUAGAUGGUUUUUAAAAAUCUUCCUUUAUAUCACGUUAAAGAGUAUACCUCUAUAAAUUUUACCAUGGUUAUUAGGAAAUCUAGUCAUUCUUCCCUGUGAUUGCCCUUUUACGUAUUUAAAAAUAGCUGUUUCCCAAGUCUUUUCUUCUCUAGAUUAAAUAUCUUCAGUUACUUUAA